CCGAGCCGACUAGAAAAACGAAUGCUUCACAAUCGGUAACGUUCUUCCUGGAGCACGGACACGAUCUAUUUGCUCCGAUUGCGCCCCACAGAUAUCUCUAGGUGGAAGCUCAUCGCCUUCAACAAGCGCUAUGUCAGAACCUGUUUUCAAUGGUCCAGGUGGCACCUCCACCGUCCUCACCUUCAGGCCGCAACAAUUCGAAGGAGCCAUGCGCAUCCCCAGGCAACACACCAGGUGGAUGCUCGACUUUUGCCAGAAAGUGUUCUGGCGCGAACCGGACGAGACGCAGCAGUUCCUCGACGUCGGAUGCGGGAUCGGAGACCUGACGCGAGAAGAGCUGCUGCCCCGCUGCCUGCCGUGCCGCCGCAUCGUCGCCGUCGACGUGUCGGCCGAAAUGGUGGAGCACGCCGCUCGACACUCGUAUCAUGAGAAGAUUGAGUACGGGAAGCUGGACAUCGUCAGUGACGAGGACGUGGCCACGUUCAGGGACGUGCACGGCCUCUUUGACAGGGUGUACUCCUUCCACACUGUCAUCUGGGUGCGGGACCAAGGGAGGGCGUUGAAGAACGUGGCGAUGCUUAUGAAGCCUCGCGGCGAGUGCCUUCUGAUUUUCCACGCGUCUGUGCGGUCAUUCGACGUCAACCGCAACCUACUCAAAAUGGAUCGUUGGAGCAAGUAUUGUCACGUGGUCGACGACAUUGCACCGAAGACGCAAGACAUGAACUACGACGAGUGCAUUGAAUACAUUUCCCGACUCCUGACCGAAGCUGGACUCUCACCGAGCAUACUGGAACUUCCAGUGUGCACGGUGUUUGACAAUUUCAGCAUUGAAAGUGUGGCUGAGAGGUAUGCCUCGUUGAUUCCACUGACAGCAGCUGUCUCGGAAGACGAGAAGCAGCAGUUCCUCAUAGACGUGGUGCAGGAGACGGCGAAAAUGCACUCUCCAGACGUCGACCCCACUCACUACAGGAUUUACGUCAUCAAGGCAUCGAAAAUAAACAAAUAGAGCUUCGACCUGAGCAGCCGUACACAGUGCAACCAAUUCAAAAUAAAGGUGCAACUCAGUUCGAGUUGCCCUCUUCCGGUUAUACGAAUGUCUGUUAAAUUUCGGAAUUUGUCUGACUCUGCAUGUUACGCAAAAAGAAUGGUGAAAUCGACCAGUAUGGAUGCCAAUUACCGUAUGGACUACAGGUAUACAAAUUAC